AUGGACGAUGAUGAAUCUUUUCAACUCUUUUGUCAAAAAGCAUUUAGAGGAAGAGGCAUCCCUAAUGAACGACAAUGGGAGGUGUUGGCUCAAUUAGCAAUUGAUUAUACAAGAGGUCUUCCUUUGGCUCUCUAUGUUUUGGGUUCCUUCUUUUGUGGCAAAGAUAGCUUAACAGAGUGGGAUUAUGCUUUGCAAGUGUUGAUGCAAGAUUCGAAUAAUGACAUUUUUAAGAAACUUAGAAUAAGCUACUAUGAACUGAAUUAUAUAGAAAAGACCCUUAAGGGAAAAUCUUUGCUUGCUGAAACUGAGAUUGGCAAUACUACCUAUAUAGAGAUGCAUGAUCUGAUUCAAGACAUGGGUAGGCUUAUUGUUAAUGAGGAAUUUCCUGUUGAUGUUGGAAGACACAACAGAUUGUGGAUUCCUUCUGACAUUGACCGACUACUAGAAAGAGAUCUGAUAAGAAAUUAA